UACACGUAAUAUAAUGUAAGUGAAACAGUAAGACUGUACGAUGUUUGUAACUUUUGCCGUUUAGCCACUAGUGUUAUGGUAUGGUCUAAUAGCUUUUUUUUUUUUCUUCUUAAUUUUAAGUGGUUUUAAAUUGACGGCAAAUUAACAUUGAUUCAUUAUGUGGUUUAGCCCGACAAUACAGUAUUAUUGUUGGCGAUUGUUUGACAUAGCCCUAACACCCAACACAAAAUCUUUGUAUACAAAUAUAAUCAUAGUCCAUUGCGUGUUUGUCGCAGAAAGAUCAGGAAAAACCGUUGGUGAAACUGUUUGAGCAAAUAAACAAUGAACAAACCGUAUGGCCGUGGCGCCAACCAAGUGCCAAAAGAUGGAGGAGCAAAAGCGGCAACAAGGCAAUAACAAUGUCGUGAAUCGGCGUUAUUUGGAGACCAACAGAGAAAAUAUUCCGGUGUUCCUCAUGAAAUCUCCCCCGCUCGUCUCUCGCUGUCUGAAACCUGAUGUCUCCUCCGCCUCCGCUUCUGAUCAACAGCAGUCUUCUCCCGCUGUUGCCAAGUUGGUUCUCUCUUUUGACCCUAUCGCCGAGGUCAACGAGUUCACCAUGGAACUGGCGGCCACGAAAUCUGAAAACGUACCCAAGUGUUACGCUUUGGAUAUGUUUGAAGACGCCCUUCCAAUGUCCGUGUUUUCUGAGUCAUCGCAAGGGACGUUAUCCGUGGAGGGGAAGAUAUUGCAGAAAUUUGAUAUGAAGCCCCAUAGUGAGAACCUUGAGAACUAUGGGAAACUUUGCCGCGAAAGGACCAAAAAAUAUAUGAAGCGAAGAAAGAUUCAGGUGAUGAACAACGACAAUGGGGCUCAUAUGAGGCCCAGGCCAGGGAUGAUGAUUGGUUUCGUGUCUCCUGGACCCAGCGAGAAAAAGAAAAUGCCAACGAAGGGGUCAGACAUGAAAAGAACAAGGAAGGACCGCGGAGAAAUGGAAGAUAUCAUGUUUAAUCUCUUUGAACAGAAACCAAAUCGGACGUUAAGGCAACUGAUCCAAGAGACUAACCAACCAGAACAAUUUUUGAAGGACAUACUCAAGGAUCUUUGUAUCUACAACAACAAGGGAGCUAAUCAAGGGACGUAUGAGCUGAAACCGGAAUACAGGAAAUCAGUCGAGGAGCCAACUCCGGAUUAGGUUGUAUGAUAUUGAUUUACUUUCGCUAACACGCACCUUUUCCGGGCAGAUACCUCUCUUAACUGAUCAUUACUAGUUUUAUUUAUGAACAACUAAUGCUACGGGCUUCACCAGUUUCGUUUGCACAGUUUGUAGGUUUAGGAUUUCAUGGCAGCAGAUUUUGCAGCAUUUUGUGGAGAACCAAUCUGCAUAUUAUGCCAAUAUGUUGGAAGGCUUCAAGAACUCAAAUCAUCAUUCGAAAUUGUUUACAUCCAUAUCUUUGUCAUGGGUACAUCGCCACAUGAUGUUCUGUCCCGAUGAAACAAGGACAUGUGAAUAAAAAAUUUACACAAAUCUUUAUUUUAUCGAUAUAGAACACCACAAUGACAGUAUACCCGUCAUUCUACAUAUAUGGAGUACUCCUUUUUUUAAGUAUUGAAAAUGCACUGGCGUUCAGAGUCUCAGAUGGCUUUUGUAUGAGACUGACUAAAAUUCAGCAUAAAAUGGUUAAUAUAUUUGGGGAUUGUAUUUGAACUUUCAAAAUAAGAAAUAAUUAUUUUAUUUUA